GAUGGUACACAGCUAGCAGGGGGCAAACUAUCACUUGGGGGGACACAACAUAGAGAGCGUCCGAGGGGGCGCUGUUCACCCAGGGUACUGGAGAAAGAAUUGGUUGCUGCUGGAUUUGACAGGUGUUUUUGGAGUUUCUUCAGGACAGUAAGCUGUGGGUGACACCCUGUUUAAUGACACCCGGUGACUGUGAUGUCUCUCUGCACCCCACAGACCUCUCACUGAUCACUUUAUUGCACAAACCACUGGAACUUCCACUUACCUGCACCUGCCCCAUCCCGGGCAACCGCAUGCGCUGUGCAGAGCCCUCUUUAACCCACUUCAUAGCCCCUCUGACCUGUUAUCCUCACUGCAUGCCCACCGGUGCCUAGGACUGAGCAGCCAGCUGUACGGACUCCCUGCCCCUCCUGUGCCCUCUCACCUGGUGCAGGCACCGGCACCCAGGGAUCGGGUUACCUGGAGCAGCUGCGCCCAGAGCGGGAUGCCCGGCAUACAGUGACUAGAGGGGAGAUGCUAGCAGCCCGGGUUCUGAUGCUGAUUGCCUGCUGCUGGCUCCUUCUGGUCCCGGUUCGGUGCUGUGGUCCUGGACGGGGUCCGGUUGGCCGGCGCCGAUACCUGCGCAAGCUGGUGCCUCUUCGGUAUAAGCAGUUUGUGCCCAAUGUGCCCGAGAAGACGCUCGGCGCCAGCGGCAAGAGCGAAGGCAAGAUUCGCAGGGGGUCCGAGAAGUUCCGGGAGCUGGUCCCUAAUUACAAUCCGGACAUCUUAUUCAAGGAUGAGGAGCGCACAGGAGCUGACCGUCUCAUGAGCGAGCGCUGUAAGGACAGAGUGAAUGCUUUGGCUAUCUCCGUGAUGAACAUGUGGCCUGGUGUGAAGCUGCGGGUAACUGAAGGCUGGGAUGAGGACGGUCACCACUCUCAUCACUCUCUACACUACGAAGGGCGAGCUCUGGACAUCACAACUUCAGACCGAGACAGAAACAAGUACGGCAUGUUGGCCCGUCUGGCAAUUGAAGCUGGCUUUGAUUGGGUGUACUAUGAGUCCAAGGCACAUAUCCAUGUGUCAGUGAAAGCAGAUAACUCACUAGCUGUACGUUCUGGAGGCUGUUUUCCUGGCACUGGCAUGGUAAUGAUGGUGGGAGGUCAGAGAAAACCUCUUUAUGAACUUCAGUAUGGUGACAAGGUCCUUACCGCUGAUGAAAGUGGCCAGUUGAUGUCAACUGAAGUUCUACUAUUCAUGCACAGAGACUUGGAUAAACUAGCCACAUUUAUUGUCAUUGAAGCUGUGGGACAUUCACAUCGGCUUCGCCUUACACCGCACCAUCUGAUAUUUGUAAGCAGAGACCCAUCAGAAGAAUUCCUACCGAUCUUCGCCCAUCGAGUCCAAGUUGGGGAUCUAAUUCAAGUUUAUGCCAAUGGCACUCAGCUGCUACCAUCCAAAGUAAUAAGGGUAUCCAGAGAGGAUGGAGUAGGAGUGUAUGCUCCACUCACUGUUCAUGGCACACUACUGGUGGAUGGAGUACUUACAUCCUGCUACGCAACAUUAGAAUGGCAUCAAUUGGCACAUAGAUCUUUUGCCCCUCUAAGACUGCUCCACAGCAUUUACUCUGCACUCCCAGACUUUAUGGGGAGUGAUGGGGUUCAUUGGUACUGCAACUUCCUCUGUGUGUUGGCCAAACAAAUUCUUGGGUGGGAUAUACCUUAAAUUCUCCACUUUGAGGAGGGCUUAAUCUGGAAAUGCUGCUGAAAAGAAUGGGUAUUUGCAGCCCUUAGUGGACGUAUUACCUUUGACUUACAUCUGCUGAUCUACAUGAACGUAUAGCUCCUAAGAGUAGAUUCUGCUGAUUCAACUUCAGUACUUCUUUAUUUCUAACUGGAACCAUGAGAAUAACACAGCAUUCAACUCAAAUGCACCACAACUAAUUAACAUGGGGCUAGAUAUGUUUUUUUUUUAAAUAAAGGUCCCCGACAUAAGUGGCUUCUAUACCUAGUUUUUCAGCCACAGUCUUAAUUCUUCUGGAUAGAUUUAUGCACAUCCAAUGCUGUCUUAAAUCUGUAAUAUUUUAUCAUUGUGUACAGGGCAUGUUUUGUUGGGGAUGCUGACAAAAUUAUUAACUGGGCAAAUUGUUUUCAGUCAUUGGAUGGGAGAUCACAUUUGAUACCUGGUAAUUGUGAAGUCUAAGAUCAUAAUAUUUUGAUUUUAACCAACCGAAAUUGCUAAUGACUGACCCAUUCAGUAUCUCUUUGAUGGAGCCCUGAAUUGUCUGUAUUCCACACUGAUCCAAAAAAAUCCUUCUGUGUCAUCUUAAUGCCUAUGCCUUCCCUGACCUGCUUGUGGUCUACUGUCAAUUACUUUGCAUGGUUCCUUAGACAGACACAAGCAUCAACAGCUGAAUUUACAUUUCACCUAAGUAUUGGGUCUCAAAUAUUGCAGGUGUUUGUGUAAGUUAUGCACUGAUUAUUUAUUUAUUGUUUUUGUUCUUUUAAUUAACUAUUAGCAAUAUGAUUUCUAACCUCCAGCCUGUAGAGAUCGGGUCCCAAAAUUCUCUUAAAAAGUAAAAAAAAACAAUAUACAUUCUCUCUAGAUCAACGAGAAGGCACUAAUGGCUUAAAGAUAAUUUAGACCAUAUCGCACAUCACCCUGAAGCAUUAAGUCCAGAACAACUGGAGAGCCAAUGCUUGCUUACCACUUCUGGUUCUUCCAACUGGCUAUAGGAUCGCUGGCUCAAAGGACUAAUCUUUCGCUAUGAGUUUUUAAUUACAGGGCAAUGAAAAGCAGCUUAAAUGCGCAGCCAUUUAACAUAAUUUUAUCUUAUUGUGCACUCUACAUACCUGUUAAUAUGAACCAUGGGCCAAAGUGUCAAGUACCCCCAUCAGAUCUUUGUAUUGGCUGACCAUUCUUGACAGAUCAACAAAGUACAUUACCAUUGGUUAUGUUCCCCAACCACUACAUUUCUGUAAGUUCAGCAACAUCACACACUAUCUACAUAAUACGUGUAACAGGGCAUGAAAUUACUGGAUCCUGGGUGUUGCCAUAUCCCUUGAAUGAAAAUAUAUUUUUUUUAGAUUGUCCAAAAUGAAAUCUGCUUUAACCCAGCUGCUGCACAAUCAGUUUUAGAGUAUAUUUUUCUACUUAUAAAUUGUAAUUUAAGUUUGUUUUGUUUUGUCUGUCUGUUCUUAAACUAUUCCAUCGCCAUAUAGAUAUGAGACAAUGAAUGUUCUUAAUGGGAAGUAAUGCAUUUUAACAAAUAAUCUUAUUUAAUGUGUUUUCUGAUAAUAAACCAGGUUACAUUGUA